UUCAUCACAAUUAGUCACUUCGGUAGUGCAUUUCCUAUUUUAAAUGACGUGUUAAUAAAUUAAUUUUUUACGUGUAAAUAGUAAAAUAUAGUGUGUACCUUUGCCAGUGUUUUAGGACAGGAUGGAGAGUCAGGAGGACUCGUCGUACAACUCGGAGGUCGACUCUGAUCCUGAAUCUGAUCCUGACAAUCCUGAGAAGCUCCUGAACGCUUGGCUGGGCGAGCUAGAUAGUCUGACAGUGGGGCUGGAGAGAGGAGGCCCCAUGAGGCCGCUGUCCUCGGAUCUCAAGCUGUCCUCGGAUCUCAACCCACCUCGCAUUGACAGUUACCGCUUCUCUAUGGCCAACUUAGAGGACAGCCAAGAUGUUGACCUGGACGCCAUCCUGGGCGAACUGUGUGCGUUGGAGUCUCAAUAUGAUGCAGCUCUCCAGGCCACCUGUAUACCUACCAAGACUGAGCCAGAAGUAGUUCACCGCCGCACCAUGUCCGAUGUGAGCCAGACGACGGGUGCUGUACAACGCACGGACAGUCCAGACAACGACUCUGCCUUCUCUGAUAGUGUAUCACUCUUGUCCAGUGAGAGCUCUGCGUCUAGCGGAAGAAAUGAGACUCAUUCACAGAUGGAGAAUGGUGGAACGGAUGGGAAAGCGGAGAAGAUCCGGCUGGCCUUGCAGAAGAUGAAGGAGGCUUCUGUGAAGAAGUUGUUCAUCAAGGUGUUCAGUGGAGACGGCUCGGCCAAGAGUCUGAUGGUAGAUGAGACGAUGACGUGUGGCUACGUGACCAGAGUGUUGGCGGACAAGAACCAUCAGGUGGUGGGGCCGCAGUGGGCGCUGAUGGAGCAUCUACCUGACCUGCACUUAGAACGAGUGUACGAAGACCACGAGCAACUAGUAGACAACUUGAUGAUCUGGACACGAGACUCAAAGAACCGGUUGUUGUUUGUAAAGCGACCGGAACGGACAAUGUUGUUUGAACAACCAGAACUCCUCAGCGGACCAAACUCCAUGACUCGGGGAGACAAUGUGGACGAGUGCAGUCGGAACAACAUGAUCGAGGAGCUGUUCUCGGGCUCUUGUGUGCCGAGCAUGGAGGGGCCUCUGUAUGUCAAGAGUGACUCCAAGAAGGGUUGGAAGAAACACCACUGCAUCCUGAGGGCCUCCGGACUCUACUAUCUGCCCAAGGACAAAGUCAAGACCUCGUACAAGGACCUUGUCUGUCUGGCUACGUUUGACGUCAACCAGGUUUAUUACGGUGUCGGGUGGCGCAAGAAGUAUAAGGCUCCGACAGAGUUCUGCUUUGCUCUGAAACAUCCGAGUCUGCAGCAACCAAAGAGUUGCAAGUUUAUAAAGUUCCUGUGUGCUGAGGAUCAACAGACCAUGCAUCAGUGGGUGCUGGCCAUCCGCAUGGCCAAGCAUGGCAGACAACUGUUGGUCAACUACCGGUCUAUACUGGAGGAGAGUAGGUUGCCGAACCCCGAGACUACAACACUCAACCACAACUUGACCAACGCACGACAUAGCACCAUCUCAGCCACAAGCAGUCUGCUCGAUACCACUUCUGAGUCUGGCUCUAGCGGCUGUGACGUCGCCUUUGAGUCUGACUUCCCCUGCGGCACAAUCAAGCGGAAACCACCCAAACUACCGUUAACUGCCACAACUCGCCAACUGAAGGAGAUUGCUGUUGGAAAUGCGACUAAACAUAUUGAUAGGGCUCCUAGUUUCGAGUCGCUUCCGCCACCGCCUCCGGAGGUGUUGGAGAAUUUCGUCCACGUAGAUGAGGACCUUCCCCCGCCCCCACCGCCUCCUAGGCUAGCCCCGCCUUCUGCUGCGUUCCUACAAGACCUGCAGAGGGUGAUGAGGCGCAAGUGGCAGGUAGCACAGAAGUGUAAAUUGGACACAACAACAACCCCUCAUGAGGUCCUCGGCUUCAGAGACCCACCUGACUACAAGGAGACUAACGUCAGCAACUGGGUCAACGAGCACUACGGGAAACAAAACCUGUACGAGAAUGUCUACAGGCAAGGCGGGGCUAUCCAAAUAGCUCCUAAUAUUCAAAUAGCACCGGUAAAAAAGAGGCCGCCUCCGCCUCCUCCCCCGCGGUCAGAAACCACACAACUGACGACACGGACCCCGCAAAAGUGCUGACAAACUUGUCACCCCCCUCCUAAUGGUGCUAAUAGUUCUACUGGGAAAAAGCUUGGAAUAAUCGUAAGUAUUGUACCUUCACUUCCCACAAGCCGUAACCUGUAAUCACCCAUUCACACAGGUUUUGUUGAUAGUAUUCGUAGUUAAAUACACUAAUGUUUUUGUUUUGUCUAAAAGAUAUUUGGAAUUUAAGAAUAUGCUUUAGUGCCUUUACACUUAAUGAAAUAUUCCCUUGACAUUUUGUAAUUGUUUGAAUUUAAAAAACAGUUUGUACUUUUACAUUUUAGUCAUGUAAAAGUAUAGAUUACGGUUUGUAUAAAUACAUUACAUUGUCUUCUUUUGAAUAAGAUUUUAUUUUGCAGUAAAAUGAGUUUUAGUGUAAAAUUUAAAUUCCAAAUAUUUCAAAUUUCUAGUUUGAAUUAAUGACUGAAACUUCCCCUCUAUCUCACAUAUGAGCAAACAAUGCUUGUUGCUAUGAGCUAUCCCAUUUUACCACUAAUUCAGAUACUACAAUGUUGUCACCAAUAGUUAUGCUGAAGCUGUGUAAAUUCUAGUUAUUCAAAAGUAGCCCUAAUUGUAAAUCUAAAAUAUAGAGAUAUCAGCUUUUCAUAGAAGGAGGAUGAACCUGUUUUCAUGUGCGGCUGACUGUCACGGCCAUUCUUGUGUGCUUUACAUUCAUUAGUUCAAAACAAUAAGCACUGCCUUUUUAAACUUCUCUUUUUAAUAGAAGUUUUAGUUGAGCAUCAAGUAUUAAUGAUCUCAACUUUCUUGUAAUCAAAUUCAAAAUCUAGAAAUGAAAUUUUUACUAAAGGUGGUCACCACCAAAACUGAACUGUUUCGAAGACUGAAUAGCGUCAUUUUUGAAAACUAUACAUAUAUAGUUGAGUAUUAAUCUUUUAUAAACUUUUUCCACAAGUAAAAUGUAGCCCUUUAUACAUUUAGUUAGAUCACAGACUUUUUAAAUCUUAUAAAUGCCCAUGAGAAAUUAUUUUAAUUUAGUUUUAUAGUAUCUAAAAGUGGUACUGUAGUAAAAUAUGUACAAAAGGGUGCUUCACUGUCUGAUUGGUUGUUUCAUUGGACAUUUUACGUAAAGAUAGUUGACUUUUCUAAAAACAUAUGUCACCAAUUUAACCAAGAAAGAAAUUAAUAUCUGAUCACUGUAGACAAUUAAUUUUCUUAACAAAUUAAGAGUGGUGAGUAAAACAAUAAAAUACAGAUUUUAUAGGUUUCAUUAUGGUUAGAAAAUGUACUUGUACUGGUUGAUUUCAAGCCUUUUCUCAUUUGUAUUAUUUUAUAUAUAUAUAUUAUGAAAUAUAAACCAUGGUACAUUGUAUUAAAAUGUAAUUAUUGUAAAUUGUUAUAGUUUUAUGGGACUGAAAAUGCUAAUUUUUUGUUUAAUAUUAAUGCUUUGAUUGUAAUUGAGUUAAAUGCACAAAUUUUGCUCAAAUUUUGAACUUGAGAAAAUGUUAUGUUUUUAAAUGUGAAUAGGACCAUUACUAAUGAAAUUUAAGCUACUAAUACUGUUGUACUCUAAUUUUGUAAAUUUUAUUGUUAAGCAAUUUAGAACAUAUUUUUGAAAAUAAAAAGGUCACGAUUAGAAGUUUAAUUAUAGUUUGUUAUGGGGAUUUAUUUUUUCUUAUUUUAUCACUGUAAGUAUUAUGGGCAUAUUCCAUUCAUCUUGAGGUAUAAAUGCAACACAAAUCCAAUAUUGUUGUCCAAUUUAUUUUGUGGCAUUUUUAUAUUUUUUGUGAACAUUAUAUACAAGGGUCCAUGCUAUCACUCUGUGAUUUUAUGGUGCAAUGUUAAUGUACUUAACAUAAAAUUACAAGGAUCUAACUAUUGGAUAGUAAAAACUGUGCUUACAGAUCACGUUUUGAAAUUAUAUAAAUGUAUCCACCAUAAUAUUUUAGUUCCAAACUAUUUGUAAAUUUUGUCUAUUUACACUGUCUUUUGUGAAUAUAUUCCUGUUAGUUUAUUUGUACAUUGUAAUGUAAGUUGAAUUUUUAUAGUCAUUUUUUAUUUAAAGUAUUUUAUAAUGCUUGAAUAUAUCUAGUUUUGAUCUCAUAUAAAAUCAUAACCACUAAAACCAAAAAGGAUUUAUUUACCAAAUGAAUAUUAAAAGUGUAGGAGUUGUAGGAUUUGCAAAAUUUUAAGUUUUUAGCGAUAGAAUUGUUCUUGUAGCAAUGUUUAUUGUUAUUGUGAGGAACAGUUGCGAUCCGAUGUUACAAUUAUAUUAUUGUUGUUUUAAAGCCAUUAUUCAUUGUUUAGGUUAUCAUCUCUGUCAGAAAUAAAAAAAAUGUUAGUAAAUAUUAA